CACAGAGUCUGCCAACUUUCACUAAAGCCAGCUCUCUCUCUCUCUCUCUCUCUCCCCACCAUGCGGAUCUCUGCCACGCUCCUGUGCCUGCUGCUCAUAGCCGCUGCUUUCAGCAUCCAUGUGUGGGCCCAACCAGAUGGGCUCAAUCCGUCCACAUGCUGCUAUGUCAAGAAACAAAAGAUCCCCAAGAGGAAUCUCAUGAGCUACAGAAAGAUCACCAGUAGUCGGUGUCCCUGGGAAGCUGUUAUCUUCAAGACCAAGAAGGGCAUGGAAGUCUGUGCUGAAGCCCAUCAGAAGUGGGUCGAGGAGGCCAUAGCAUACUUAGACAUGAAAACCCUGACUCCAAAACCUUGAAGACAUGUCCCUGAACAGAAACCAACCUAGGAGCCGAGAAGCAAGAUUCCUUAUCCUUGUCCUUUCUGAGAACUGUGCUGAAAUGGGUUCAUUACAGUCCUAAGGAAAAGGAGCUGUCUCCUGAAAAGGAAUGUGAACCUGUCAUGCUUAAUGAAUGGUCUUUAAGUUAUUAAUAUUUUUAUUUAAUUUGCCAUGUACCUUGGUGUCAUUUGAAUGUAAGGCCCUGGAGACCCCAUGUCCCUUUAAUGUGUUACCUGCAGAAUUCUCUCCCUUACCCCAUUUACUUUGCUCCUGUAUUCUGAAGGGGCUUUGCAUGAGUCAGUGCAAAGAUUUUAUUUAAAAAUGUUUAAGAUAAAAUCAUAAUGUUAUGAUAGUGUGGGAUUUUUAAACGUAUAA